AUCCCUAUUAGAAAUAUCAGCGUGGUUUGUUAUUUUGAGCUCCAUUCUACGUCGCAAAAUUGGACUGCAAACAAUCGUCCUAGUGAUUAAAGAUACGUCCACUAUCGUUCACUGUCGCGGCAUUAGUCUCUUUGAUCAAAUUCAAAUGUCAGCGACAGUAUGUGUCUAAUAACUGUUACGAUAGCUUUUCAACGACAGGAGACAUUACGCAAUACAGCAUAAUACUAUUUAAGAUUAUUAUAUGUUAAACAGAAAGGAUUGGAGAAAGGAUUAGGUGUAUCGAGUUUCUCGCAUUAAUUGGUCAUCCACCUCUACAACUAACCCGGCAAACUUCACACGUUGUUUCCAUGCCUGGGGAGCCAUGCCGAAGGCGGAAAAUUAUUUUUAGACCGGUCGACUGCCGUUACUUAAGCCUUUUUACAUCAUCGGGCCUCUCCGUCUGGGCAAAAGCGCGGAUUCACGGGCGACGCGUGUAUGCCGCUCAAUUGGACGAGAGACCCGCGAUUAGAGAGAGGAUAAAUGUCAAACGAUGCGCGCACCCAUGACCACCUCAUGGGUCUCAAAGGAUUAAUUAUGGGCGACGGAGAAUCGCGGUUGUGUGUCUGCCGUUUGCAAAAAUCACGUCGUUCGUCGUCGUCGUCGUCGUCGUAAUCGGCAUGCACGAGCGGACCGAGGACGAUAUAUCGGGACAUGCAGACAGAAGAAAGGGCUGUUUUCUUAAUCGCCAGCGGUUCGCCGAUAAUUACGAUCGGCGUGGGCGUAGCGUCGAAUAAAGACUUCUUACGUAGGUAAGAAGCCUUAGUCGAGCCCGGGGGUCCAUUCGUCACUCGACACGAAAGGUAGGUGUACGGUUGGUGUAGACGUGGGUGUGAAGAUAGAAAGAGUGAGGGAGGGAGGAGGAGAGAGAGAGAGAGAGAGAGAGAGAGAGAGCUCUCUAAACACUAUAUCGAUUUCGGCGGCGAUGCGGUUACUCCGUGUCUAAACAUGAAUGGCGGGUGCACGUUCGUGGUGUCGCUCGUGUGAAACCUCUAUGGUGUUAGACGUCGUCGUGUUUUCGAAGGUCCAGAAGGCUCGAAAAAGAACAUCGAGGAAAGAGCCAACGCCUUCACGUUGCUUCACGGGUUUCGACUUACAAUUUUAUCCACGGAGUGUGUUCAAGACUUUUGCAAAACCAAAAAUCUUUUCGAGUAACCGUAUAGAAAAGCGAAUCGAGCGAAACACAUCGAGGCACCGAGUAAAGAUCGAAAACACUUGGAUCUCUCUUCGUAUUUAUUUUCACCUUCGAGGUAUCCGUGUUUAUGGUGAACCGAAUCGGAAUCUCCGUCGAACGAAACUCCGUACGAGCGAGCACAGAGAAGGUCACGUAGGCCGUUUCUUCCUGCGGGAACACGGACGGAGAAGCGGCGCGAGAUGAGCCAACGCCUUCGU